AUGUCAUCAGUUGUGGACGUUAAUAGAUGUAUCGAAAAGCUCGAAGCAGGUCGUCUUUUAUCAGAAUUUGAAGUAAAAUUCAUCUGUGAAAAAGUCAAGGAAAUUCUCAUCGAUGAAGCCAACGUUCAACGAGUGAAAUCUCCGGUCAGUGUUGUUGGUAAUAUUCAUGGACAAUUCUUGGAUCUGAAGGAAAUGUUUAGAGUGGGAGGUAAAAUUCCAGAUACCAAUUAUUUAUUCCUGGGUGAUUAUGUGAAUAGAGGAACACAAUCGGUGGAAACUAUUUCUCUAUUGACUUGUUAUAAAUUGAGGUAUCCGGAGAGGAUUACAUUGUUGAGAGGAAAUCACGAAUCAAGACCAAUUACACAAGUUUACGGAUUUUAUCAAGAAUGUAUUCUAAAAUAUGGUAAUGCCAAUGUUUGGAAAUAUUUCACUGACAUGUUUGAUUAUUUGACAAUUUGUGCAUUAAUUGAUGAUUCAAUUUUCUGUGUUCAUGGAGGAUUGAGUCCUUCUAUUGCAACACUUGAUCAAAUCAGAGUUCUUGAAAGAUUUAAAGAUGUUCCAUCUGAGGGACCAAUUUCAGAUCUUUUAUGGUCUGAUCCAAGUCAAGAUGAUGAAGAUAAAAGAGAUGGAAAUGUUGGAGAUUUCAAAUUAAAUUUACGUGGUAUUGGAUUUGUCUAUUCAAAGAAAUUUGCCAAUGAAUUUUGUGCUACCAAUAAGAUUAGUCACAUUGUUCGUUCACAUCAAUUAUGUAUGGAUGGAUAUCAGGUUUUAUGGGACGAUAAAUUGUCAACCAUUUGGUCAGCUCCUAAUUAUUGUAAUAGAUGUGGAAAUGUUGCAGCAAUUUUGGAAGUGAACAGAAAUUUGGAUAAAUUUUACAACACCUUUUAUGCAGCACCUAGAAAGACACUGAAAAAGCAACGUUUGGAUGCUAUCAAGGAUGAAUCUCAUUUCAUGAAUAGUAACGUUACCAAUGUUGGUCAAAACGUAAAGGCAUUACAACAAAUCAAUGUAGAUUAUUUCUAAUAUGUGAAGAUUCAAUCACUGUAAUACUAUCACUUAUUGUACUUUUAAAUCAUUUCCUAGUAAAAGCAAUUACCAUUUACAUU